AUGCCAUCCGCCCUGUGGGUCGUCUGGAUCGUCCUGCACGAGUACGGAACCGGUGUGGGGGCCUCCACCGUUCCGGAGGUCCGCUGCGGAACCGGGCUCAACCGAACCCUACAUCAGCCCUUUCCGGUCGAUCCGUUGCCGCAGCGGUAUCUCGAUUAUAAGGCGCAUUACGGGUUGCGGUACGAUCCGCGCCGGACGGUCGUACGGAACGGUACGCUGGAACAUCCGGUACGGGAGCGCAAGAAGCUGUUCCCGCCAAGGUUGCCGUACGAUCCGCCGUUGUUGAGUGUCUUCAACAUCAUCUCGUUCGUGAAUGGGCCGUGUGUGGUGAGGCGUGUGGGUCCGGUGAAGGAAGGCAUUCCAGAGCCCGGCUGGAAUGGUAUCUGUUAUCACGAGCAGGAAUGCGGACUGCUGCAAGGAACGCCUAUGGAUAGCUGUGCGGGUGGAUUCGGCGUGUGUUGCGUGUUUCGCUUCGGGUGCGAUGGUCGGACAGAACAGAACGUCAGCUACUUCCAUAGUCCACAUUAUCCGGCACCGGCUACUGGGUCGCUGCCGUGUGGAUUCACCUUAACGCUGCACCGUGCCGUACGGCAGGUGUUGCUGGAGUUCGUCUUCUUCGAGCUCGCGCCACCACACGUGGGCAGCUGUGUCGUGGACCAAUUCAUCGUGUCGGUGCAGAAUGACCACCGUGUUUAUCCGGUGCUGUGUGGCAUCAACAGUGGCCAGCAUAUGUAUCUGGACGUCGAUGGAGCGUAUUCCCACCGGUUGUUCCUGAGUGGCGCCUUUAGCACGAACCAACCUAGGGCGUUUCUCGUCAGGAUAACGCAGCUCGCGUCUCGCCGCGCCCCCACCGGUUGCCUGCAGUUCCACGACGGUUUGACAGGUGUGCUGAAAUCGUUCAACUACGACAGCCACUCAAUGCUGGUGCCGAACCGUAAGGCCAGCUAUUUCAACAAUCUCAACUAUGCCAUUUGCAUCCGGAGGCAGAACAAGUUUUGCGAUGUCGUGCUGACUAACGAAGACGCGUUGGGGGCGGAAAACAUUUUUCAAAUUGUGAAUAUCGCUGAAGAUGGCAGCAGUCUGGUGCCGGCAAACCAGGCCGGAGUGGAAUUGUUCAGCUGCCCGAAUGAUUAUAUAGCGAUCAAUUUCGUUCGAUUGUGCGGAGAGCGUUUGAACGACGGCAGUCUGGUGGCGGAUUUCACCAUCAACAAGCCAGUAACGCACACCAGUGCCGGUCCAGUUGUUAUAGCGGUACGAACCGAUGAAUCCAUCGUUGGCCGCGGUUUUAAGCUUACGUUUAAGCAGCUCGUUUGUGUAGACAAACCCGUUUAG